GUGACAUGGUCCCUCAGAAUGAGUUGAUGCGCAUAUUUUGGCCCUUAGAUGCGCCCAGGGACUCUAAGCCUGGUGUGCUCGUGGGAUUUCAGAACUCCAAGUUCGAUCUCUUCGUCGUGGCUGUCCUCCAAAACGUCCGACUGCCUCAUGUCCAAACCGCCUUGGCAUCUGGCUUGCUGUUGCAGAAAAGUCCCCACAAUAUUGAGGAGCUUCUCAAGCCAUGCGGACAUGUCUCACUGCGUGUGCUUGGCUGUAUUAACUCCCAGGCUUCUUUGGAUCUUCCCAGCUCUACCCUCUUAACAGGAACUACCGACCUCUCCGCUCGUUUUCCACGUCUGCAAUGCUUCAUCGAUCCGCGAAUGAUUUUGCAAGUCAUCGUCUACGAUCGACCUCACCCAACGCAAAUGCAAUACCUCUCCUCGACCCCGAUAUCACUUGCUCUGGAUGAUAAAACAAAUGUUGGUAAUUGGAAUUCGAGUUUGGAGGACGCGGAAGAAGCAGAGCGAAGGGAACAAGCGCGCAAGGACAAGCUCGCAGAAAAGCUGAAGCUGCACACUGUGAGAGCCUACCCAAUCACGAGGAAAGAAGCUGCACUACCAUUGAUUAUCAAUCAAAUCAAUUGCUCAUACGAGCUCAACGCAGUCUUGCAACAAAACUCUGGGUCAGUCAGCGGUCGCAUGAAGCGGUCGCUGAGUGUCAGCGAGCGUGUAGUCGAAUCCGCCAGCAACCUAUGGGAUUAUCUUUAUAUCGCUCUCAGUAGCGUUUGGGGGGUCUGGCUCUAUCCUAUGUGUUCACUGUUGUUCAUAUCAAUCUUGCUUGCUUUGAGGGUUGCUGGUGAGAUAGUUUUGCAAAUACUAGAUUGGCGAGCAGGACCGCCGGAAUCACCUGCAUUAAAGGAUGUAUCUGCUACAGCACAACAGCUAGAUAUCCGCUUGCAACAAUUUUGCUAUUGGCCUGUUCAGUACCUAACCCUACGCCAACGCAAGGACAAUUGGGGCAGCAUUACACACAGUCACCCUGAGUAUAUCCGGUUUUUUAACAGUUUGUGGCUUGUGGCGAACGAUAUGAUCAUCGGCAUGGCCCUAGGUUCAUACAUUAUUGAGAACUCUGUGCAUGUGGCUGCACAGGUCGAUACUGUCUUCAAUGUAUGGGCUAUAGAGGGCUUACGUAGCAUCAUAUCCUGGCUGAUGGAAUGGCCUGGUGGUUUGAAGCUCAAUACUGAGCUAGCCGAGUUCAUGGGUGAUCUCUUUCUGUGGGUUAUUGAUAAUUGGGCCGGCUGUAUAGCGAUUGUGCGCCCACAUCUCCCCAAGAUGGUUCAAUUAAUAGGUCUCUCUGCGUUCUUUGGGGCUACAGUACCAAUAUCUCUAUUUGCCGACCUCGCAUCACUGUUCACCAUGCAUAUCUAUGCAUUCUAUGUCGCUUCGACCCGGAUAUUUCAUUGGCAGCUUACGAUCAUUAUCUCCCUUUUCCAUCUGUUCCGUGGAAAGAAACGAAACGUACUACGCAAUCGUAUCGACUCGUGUGAUUACGACCUCGAUCAGCUUCUUCUGGGAACAAUCCUAUUCACCUUGCUGAUCUUCCUUCUGCCCACUGUCUUCGUCUUCUACCUGACCUUCGCAGCAGCCCGAGUGGCUGUUAUCACUAUGAAAGCCGUGCUGGAGAUUGGCUUAGCUUGUCUCAAUCAUUUUCCGCUGUUUGCUCUAAUGCUUCGAAUCAAAGACUCGCGGCGUCUUCCCGGUGGCAUCUAUUUUGAGCUUCAAAGCAACCCUGUCAUACCACAGUACCCACCCAACGCAACAUUUUCGGCACCUACAUCUUAUGUGAUGCUCAAAUCGCUUCCGCUCUCUCUGCGCGCAAUGUUCGACUCCUACUUCGAGCUUGGAAACCGCCUUCGCAAACACUACCUCUCUUCCGACGUCAUUUCUGCUCUAGCCUCUGGCCGAUUCGUUCCUCCUAUUCACAGGCGCAAUUUGUACAGCUUGCAAUACGGUAUGCUGCCAGCGAAACGUGCAGGCAUCGCAGAGCUAUGGAAACAGUUCAACAGCAAAGAGCAAACGCCGAUGGACAAGGCCAAUGUGCAACCUUCCGCUUUUUCUACAAGAAAGAGGGGGGUCGUUUACAGGAGUGGUUCGGCGAAAUCGAAAAAACAAUAG